AUGGAUGACAAAGUCAAAGAGAUAGGUCAUAACCAGGAUCUUCGAAAAACGCUGUUGACUUACCAUUACAUCGACUAUGGUCACGUUGUAGCCGCUUACAGGUACGAUUCGGAACUUGAAUUUACUAAUCAUCUUCAAAAUAAAUUGGAUGAACUUGGAAAGGAAUGUGAACGAUUAGAGGAGCAACAGAGACUUCAGCUAGAAGAACAACAAAGACAUGAACUAGAAGAACAACAGCGACUUGAACUAGAAGAGCAACAAAGACUUGAACUAGAAGAGCAACAAAGACUUGAACUAGAAGAGCAAGAAAGACUUGAGUAUGAAACACUGUUGCCAGAAAUGAAAGAAAUCGAUGGUUUUGGUGAUGAUGAAGAAGAUGUGCUGGGUAUUCAAGAAGAUUGGUAG